CAAAGCGAGCAGUUUAGCCGCUUAAUAAUAUUUUAGAGCUCUAAGCUAAUCAGAAAUCUCUUAUCGACAUGGAGGACGAAAAGCAAUCACGUACGGUAACCGAGCAGCCAACAGCGGCAGCAGCGGAGUCCAAGCAAGUGGAGCCACCACCGAGCUACGGUUAUACCCCCGCACAAAACUAUCAGCCAUAUCCUGCUGGGCCUACACAGCCGCCUCUCUAUCCACCCAUGCAGCCGCCCGGUAACACAUGCGUGAUUGUUCACCAUACGCCAACAGUGCCUAUGAGAGUGCCCGUGGGCACUGAACCAACCUUUGUGCGUUGUCCUUCUUGCCAGGCUGAUGUAGUGACCGUUAUUGAGAACAAACCCACAAGCCGCACACAUCUGGCAGCUUUGAUUCUUUGUUUGGUUGGCUGCUGGCCUUGCGUUUGUGUCCCUUACUGCAUGAACUCCUGCAAGAGCACCGAACACUACUGUCCAAUCUGUAGAGCUCACGUUGGCAGCCAUCAUUAAUCAAAAUCUAUAAUCAAUUGUUUUAUAAUUAUUUACCCAUGUACAUAGAUUUAAAACGUUUAUAAUGUCUAAACAAAUGCAUAGCAAGUAUUAAAUUGAUCAACA